UCACCAGUAUAUGGUGCGGACGUCAGUGGCUCCUUAUUCGAAAGAAACACGAAGCAGUGGAGCCUUGGACACCUGGGAACCAUUCAGGACCUGCUGGAGCGGGAGUGCGGAGUGGUCAUCGAAGGCGUCAACACCCCCUACCUGUACUUCGGCAUGUGGAAGACCGCCUUCGCCUGGCACACGGAGGACAUGGACCUUUACAGCAUCAACUACCUGCACUUCGGGGAGCCCAAGACGUGGUACGCGGUGCCCCCGGAGCACGGCCGGCGCCUGGAACGCCUGGCCAGGGAGCUUUUCCCGGGCAGCUCGCGGGGCUGUGAGGCCUUCCUGCGGCACAAGGUGGCUCUCAUCUCGCCCACGGUCCUCAAGGACAACGGCAUCCCCUUCGGUCGGGUCACUCAGGAGGCUGGAGAGUUCAUAGUCACGUUUCCCUAUGGCUACCACUCUGGCUUCAACCAUGGCUUCAACUGCGCGGAAGCCAUCAAUUUCGCCUCCCCGCGCUGGAUCGAUUAUGGCAAAGUGGCCUCGCAGUGCAGCUGCGGGGAGGCCCGAGUUGCCUUCUUCAUGGACACCUUCGUGCGCAUCCUGCACCCGGAGCGCUACGAGCUGUGGAAACGCGGGCAG